AGGUCAAUACGCGGUCUUUUUUAACAGAUCUUCACUGAUUCAAAAAUGCAGAAUUAUCUCCCAAAGCUACCACGAAUAAUUUUUUGACGCUCUGUACAUGUACGCAUUAUAAAAGUAUUAAAACUAUAUUUGAUUUAAAUUGAACUCUUUUACAGGAAAUAAUAAUAUUUAGAGAUUUAAGAAUUUCGUUGGUGCUUUAAGCAUUGACUAAGGAGAGGAUAGACGUGACAUUAAAUAGAAAUUUGUGUUUCAGUUUCUUUAAUAUCGACGUGGAAAAAAAUCAGAGUACAUAUUUCUUACGCCCUCUGUUAUUUAAUACGGCGAACGUAGGACUUAUGAUCAACUUAAUCAUCGAAUGUGAUGAAAAGAUACUCCUCGAUUACAUGCAAUUCAAUACACAAUAAAGAAUAUCGGCCGGUACUGAUAAACUUCAACUUGGUUUAUAUGUCUCGCACCGCACAUCACCUAAAAUAUAACGGAUUGAGGUUAACGAAAAGAAACGAAUAAAAUCUAGUUCACUUAUCUCAAUUAUUUUAAAGCGAUAUUCAAUUCGAUAGAAACGGGAUAACAUGAGCGGAAAUGGAAUAAAAAAUGUAAGAAAAUGCGAAGUUCGAACACCUGGUUCGACCGCCUGUUCUUCGUUACCUUCGGAUAUGAGAAAAAAAAAGCGUCGAUACUAAAGGCGCCGUAAAUUAAUCCCUCAUCCGCAUGAUGUAUGGACCAGCGGUCCUGACGUCUUACGAUUGCGAUUGCCUGGGUUCCACCAUCCUGGGUUCUAGUGAGAGAUAGCGAAGUCACUUGGGGGUGUUGAAAGGGGCUCUCUUCCUUGCUAGCGCACAGGCUAACGGGUUUUGACCUUCUUCGCGGCUGCGACUCCGGGGGUACUCAAGCAUUCUUUGUACAAUCGUCACAGUGGACAAACGUAAAACUAAAAUCACGCGAGUUCAUCAUUUUUCGAGUUUGCAGAACGUGCUACAAACGGGACUAUUGUGAAUUCGCUUUUAACGCUUCUUAUAAAUGGAUGAAAACAGGAACAAAUGGGAGAAAACGGGAGGAAGCUGGUGAAAAUGGGUGGAAACGGGAGAAAUCUGACGAAAACAGGAGAAAACCGACAGAGACGCUAACCCGUCUAUAUAGUGGAUUUCCAAAUAUCCUUCGCAAAUAUCCAGUGAAGCAGGAAUGUCACGAAGAAAAUACACCACUUAUGCUACCGAUAUUUCUAAUGAUUCCUUUUGAAGAGAAGUCCUCCGUGGCGCCAAAAACAUCGCACAAACAAACAAAGACGGGUGUGAGUGACAUCCAAACUUCAGAGCUCAGUCGUUUGAAAUUUCCUGAAAUGCGAAAUGGUAUUCUAUCCACAAGAUGUCAUUGUGUACAUAGAGAUGGUCUUCAAGAUUCCUGUCCACUGAGUCAAUGCCAAAAAGAACCCGAAUGCCUUGAUAAACCAUGGCCCAGUUGCUUACCAGCAAAAUACUUACAAUCUCGACAUCCAGAACAGUAUCCACCAUCCAAACACUGAUACUGUCAAUACUCUAAAGCUUAUGUAACUUAUAUGUAUAUAAUACAAAUAUAAUAAAAAUAGUAAUAUAUAAUAGUUGAGUAAAAUAA